AAAAUGACAAAAAUUCUUUCUGCAUUUCUGCAGCUUCCAAUGGCUGAUGAUAUUGACUUAGAGCCUAUAGCUUUGAUGACUGAAGGCUUCAGUGGAGCUGAUCUUCAAGCUCUUCUCUCAGAUGCGCAACUUGCAGCUGUACACGAGUAUCUGAACAGAGAAGAUAAACCUGAGACCGGAACUACGCCAAUAAUAACCGAUCCUCUUUUGAAGUCGAUCGCUUCUAAAACUAAACCAUCAGUUUCCGAAACCGAGAAACAAAAGCUCUAUGACAUAUAUAGCCAGUUUCUGGAUUCAAGAAAAUCGACAAGAGAAGCAAAGGGCAAAAGGGCAACCUUAGCAUAAUCAAAGGUAUUACAAAGACAAAAAAGAAUGGUUACAUUGUAGAAAUUACAUGAUGUAAAAUUUUCUUUAUGCUCAGUGUUAGCAUUAUAGUAAAAAAAAAAAAAAUGGUUGAGGUUUGGAAUAAAGAUAGUUAGAGAGCCAUAUGGUAAGUUCUACAAGAUUCAAACGACUAUAAAAACCUCUACAGUAAUAAGAUUCAUAAAUUUGUUUUGGUUGUUUUGGAAUUUUAGAAGCU